AUGUUGGUAGCACACCUAAUACGUUAUUCCUUGAGGAGGUUUACUUGGAAGACAUUCCUACCUAAAAGACAUUUAUGCAGCUCAGUGAGAGUGGCACCCAUGCCUCUCGCUGAGGUGAUGUCUAUACUUCCACAAGCUGCCAGAGAGGGCAGUAGUCCUACUCCAUAUGAAAGUCAGACUGUCAGCAUGUGUAAUGAUGGGGGACUUUUUGUCGCCGUUGGUAACACUGGGCAAGUUAUAGGAACAGUGUCAGCUAUGAAAUACAGUGAGAGUCUUGGACACAUUGGAUAUUAUUAUAUUGACCCAGAUUAUAGAGGCAAGGAGGUGGAGGAACAAUUGUGGCAAAAGGCUGUUGGGUAUUUAGGAAAUCAAUGCAACAUUGGAAUUGAUAUUAAACCAUCGCAAUUAGAAGAAUUAAAAAAGAAAGGUUUUACGGAAUCUUGGAGGAACUGUAGAUAUAAAGGUUUAGGGAGUUCCUUAUUGGCUGAGUUCAUAAAUACAGAGCACAUCAGACCAUUGACAAGACUGUCACUCAAUGAUAUGGUGGAAUACGAUUGUAAAGUAUCAACUGUGGAAAGAAGAUUGUUAAUACAGAGAUGGUCUAACACACCAAAACCAGGAGGGGCAUAUGCUGCAAUCAAAGAAGGACGUAUUUUAGGAUAUGGCGUAAUUAGACCAUGCAUUGAAGGUUUUUUAAUUGGUCCCUUGUAUGCAGAUAAUACAGCAUUAACCCAGGCAUUACUACUUACAUUAUUUGCAUUGGUACCAAAUGCUGAUAUCUACAUUGAUUCACCAAUAGACAACCCAUCAUUCAUUCACCUGUUAACCAAAGAUAUGCAAAUGGAGCCGGUAUUUGAAACUGUUCGUAUGUACAGCAAAGGAAACCCUGGAAUUCCUCUUCAGAAAAUGUUUGCCCUCAGCGGUAUUGAACUUGGUUGA